GGCAAACGUUUCCAAAGCUUUGGGGAUUGGCUGACGCUCCGGGCGCCGCGGCUAGUUGGCGGGUAGGAUCACGUACAAGGGGCGGGCCUUUAUAGGCCCCGCCUGCUUGCUGCUGCCGUCGUCAAUCCCGGUCUGGUCUUGUGCGUUCCCGGAGGUCCCUCGCGGGACAGCUCUCACCGCCACCGGCUCCUACUUCCUGGCUUCCAAAUCUGGGGCGAUGUCUCCCCAGGCUAAAUUACCCUAGCUCCUGCUUCAGAUCGCCUCCCCUCUGCCCCGCCAGAACCCAGUAGUUCAAAAACUGAAUCUGGGACAAGAGGGGCACGCCAGAGCACAGCCGAUUCUGGAGCCCGCGGCAGCGGUGGCCAGCCACCGGGUGGCGACUGUGAGCGCCGGGCGAUGCUCAGACGCCUGGAGACCCUGCCUGAGAAUGCGGCCAGGGCCUUGGGGAAAGGAAGCCAGCCCCCAGGGCCAGUCCCAGAGGGCCUGAUCCGCAUCUACAGCAUGAGGUUCUGCCCCUGUUCUCACAGGAUCCGCCUCGUCCUCCGAGCCAAAGGCAUCAGACACGAAGUGGUCAACAUUAACCUGAAAAACAAGCCUGAAUGGUACUACACAAAGCACCCUUUUGGCCAAAUUCCUGUCCUGGAGACCAGCCAAUGUCAACUGAUCUAUGACUCUGUUAUCGCUUGUGAGUACCUGGAUGACGCUUAUCCAGGAAGGAAGCUGUUUCCAUAUGACCCUUAUCAACGAGCUUGGCAAAAGAUGUUAUUGGAGCUAUUUUGUAAGGUCCCACACUUAACCAAGAAGUGCCUGGUAGCGUUGAGAUGUGGGAGAGAAUGCACUGGCCUGAAGGCAGCCCUGCAUCAGGAGUUCUGCAACCUGGAAGAGAUUCUUGAGUAUCAGAACACCACCUUCUUUGGUGGAGCCUGUAUAUCCAUGAUUGAUUACCUCCUUUGGCCCUGGUUUGAGCGGCUGGAUGUGUAUGGGAUAGCGGACUGCCUGAGCCACAUGCCAGCCCUGCGGCUCUGGAUAUCAGCCAUGAAGCAGGACCCCACAGUCUGUGCCCUUCUCACGGAUAAAUUGACACCCUUCAAAAACCUCCCUGGUAAAAGCUUAAGAAGAGGGAGAAGGAAGAAGAAAACACUCCAAGCCCAAAUACCUUCCAUUUGGCAAAUGAAUGCUGCUGUCCACGUGGGUGAGAAUGAGUAUAAUUCUCCAAACUUUGGCCAUGGGCCUGGAGACACCAAAGUUCUUGUGACUGGAAAGAAUUCCAAAGCAGGAAAUGAAACAGCGAUUUAUCACCCAGGACUAACUACGUCAGAAUUUCACUGGUGCUGUCAGGGCUCAGGAUGUCUCACAAAGUGUUCUAUGGCCAGCAUCCUGCCUUAAAAAAAUACACACGCCCCAAACCCAGCCACAAGCAAAGGUCAUUCCAUUGGAUUUGCGUCACACUCUCUUCCAAUUCAACAAAUGCUUCUGGUUACCUGUUGUGUACUAAGCCCAGGGGCACAGUGGGGAUAAAGUUGAAAAAGACACUGGCUCUGUCCCUGGGAGACCCCUUUCUCCACUUAUCUUGGUUGAGGUUUUAAACCCAGUGCUUUGGAGCUGCUUAUCUGGUGUGGGGAUGCUUGUCUCCGAUGUGGCCCCUCUGUCACCUUGGCUGAAGACAGCAAAGAGCUGAGGAUGGCUGGUGCUGACAGGUGCCUUGGGCUGGGAGCAUCUACUCCUGCACUAUGGAAGGGGGACCGAGUUUGUCCAAUGCCUUUUCAUCUCAGCGUCUGAGGAUCAGCCUGUGAUCAUUUCAGCUUUGCUCAUGCUGGAUCCUUUCCCAUCCUUCUAGCUGUGCUGAGACACCAGGCAGCAACAGGAGCGAUGUUUUGCCUUGUCUGUGCCCCCUAAGGAGCUGUCUGCUGCCUUUGCCUCUGAGACAGCCCACACCAGCCCUCUCUCCCCACAUCUCAGCCUGGCCCUGCCAUCUGCUGGCUCUGGGUGUAUUUUGACCCAUGUAAAUAGUUACCAGGUGUUACUCUGUGCCAGCUAGGCAGAAGCAAGCCUGCUUGGUGAGAUGGCUAGACCUUCCAGAAGAGACACCGCAUGACGGGGGCAGUCUGCCGUACCAUCUGCUCCGGAUGUGGAGCCUUGUUGCCAUGGCACCCGAGUUAAUGCUGAGUGAGGUCUGUGAAUCACUGUUUCCUUGGGAUCUUUGCUCAAGAAGAGAGGAAUCUUCUCCUGUGGCCUCUCAUAGGACUUAGGGGAUUGAUCAGCCUUUGCUGGUACAAAUCCUGCGCACUAAUGAGUGCUUGACAUAAGACCAAAGUUACUACUGAUGCAACAGGAAAUGGCAUGUCUGGCUCACUAAAAUGAAGAUGUUCUCUUUUGGGGCUCCACACACUAAUUUAGAAAGUUUGAAGAACCAGGAGUUACAGAACAGAGAACAGCACUCAUGGGGGAAGUUUGCAGCCUGGCGGCCUAUAGCCCAGUUUGGGAUUUGAGUGCCUCUUGGCCAGGCAUGCUCCCUGCAGUUUACCAGGGUCUUGGUCACCUGCACGUCCUUACACUUCCUCCAUCUCACUUCUUUGUCAAUCGUCUGACCCACAGAGAAAACUGAGUUUUGAAAGAUUAAUUCCAAAAUUAAUCUUUGAAUAAAACUAGAAGGAUAUGGCCUGGAGAAAAGAGGGAAGGAGGUAAUUAAAUAACACUCCAUGAAGAACUUUUAAAAUAUGCUUCUUAAAUAAGUAAUACAUACGGAAAGAUAAUACAUAUGGGCUAAAAAUGCAAUAAUAGAAUAGAAAAUAUUCCAUUUUCUUAUGUCCCAGAGAUAACCACGUUUAGUAAUUGGUGUCUGCCUCUUUUUUCUUUUCUUUUAAAUAAUAGAGAUGGGGUCUUGCUAUGUUGACCAGGCUGGUCUCAAACUCCUGGCUUCAAGUGAUCCUCCCAUCUCAGUUUCCCAAAGUGCUGGGAUUAUAGGUGUGAGCCACCAUAUCUGCCAGGUGUCUAACUUAUAAAAAGCACUAAACUUAAGGAUUUAAAGGUGAGGACCUAUAUUAGGCCAGUCUCAUGCUGCUCUAAAGAAGUGCCUGAGACUGGGUAAUUUAUAAAGGAAAGAGGUUUAAUUGCCUUACAGUUCCACAUGGCUGGGGAGGCCUCAGGAAACUUGAAAUCUUGGUGGAAGGGGAAGCAAACAUGUCCUUCUGCACAGGCAGGAGAGAGAAGUGCAGAGCUAAGGAGGAAAAAACCCCUUAUAAAACCAUUAGAUCUCAUGAGCUCUCAUUCACUAUCAUGAGAACAGCAUGGGGAAACUACCCCCACAAUCUAAUCACCUCCCUUGAGGUCCCUCCCCCAACAUGUGGAGAUUAUAAUUCAGAUUAAAAUUCAAAAUGCGAUUUUGGGUGGUGCACAGCCAAACCAUAUCAGAGCCACUUUCUAUUUUUUGCAGAUUGGAGAAAGGAAAAAAUUAGUUUAAACCACAGCAUUUAAAAGAACUCAUUAUCAUAGAUGAUGUUAACAUCAGAAUGAAGGUUGUGUGACGUUCCACUCCUUGGAGGUUCUGAGCUACAGCCUAGCCUGGACUGAGUCCAGGUACAAUUUAACAUGGCUAGGGGGAGGAGGGAGCAUGGUGGGGUGGGGCUUGUGUGGCUGGGACAGCUGGCUGUGGUCGUGGUGCUGGUGCUGGUGACAAAAUGGUUCUUGAAAUUUAUUUUAAAUCUAAAAUUCUCUGAUAUAGUUUGGAUCUGUGACCCCCACCAGAUUUUGUGUUGAAAUGUAAUCCCCAAUGCUUGUGGGAGGUGGUUGGAUUAGGAGGGUAGAUUUCUCAUGAAUGGUUUAGCAUCAUUCUCUUGGUGCUGUCCUUGUGAUAGUGAGUGAGUUCUCAUGAGAUCUGGUUGUUUAAAAGUGUGCAGCAUCUCCCUGACCCCUCUUGCUCCAGCUCCCACCGUGGGAGAUGCCUCACUCUCCUUUUGCCUUUCUCCAUGAUUGGAAGCUUCCUGAGGGCUCUCAGGUUUACAAAAGCUGCAUGUUCUCACUUAUAAGUGGGAUAAGCUACUAUAAUUCAUACAGCCUAUAGAACCAUCAGCCAAUUAAACCUCUUUUAAAAAAAACUUUCAUUUUAAAUUCAGGGGUACAUGUGCAGGAUGUGUAGGUUCAUUACAUAUGUAAACCUGUCAUGGGGGUGUGUUGUACAGAUUGUUUCAUCACCCAGAUAUUUAGUCUAGUAUCCAGUAGUUAUUUUUCCUGAUCCUCUCCCUCCUCCCAUCCUCUACCUGUACCCUCCAAUAGGCCUCAGGGUGUGUUGUCCUCCUCUACAUGUCCAUGUGUUAUCGUUUGGCUCCCACCUAUAAGUGAGAACAUGCAGCUUUUGUAAACCUCUUUUCUUUAGCAAAUACCUAGUCUCAGGUGUUUCUUUUUAGCAGCAUGUGAACAGACUAGUACAGAAAAUUGGUUCUGAGAAGCGGGGCAUUGCUAUAAAGAUGCCUGAAAAUGUGAAAGUGACUUCGGAACUGGGUAAUGGGCAGAGGUUGGAAGAGCGUAGAGGGCUCCAAAGAAGACAGGAAGAUGAGGGAAAGUUCAGAACUUCCUAGAGACUGGUUGAAUAGUUAUGACCAAAAUGCCAGUAGUGAUAUGGACAGUGAAGGCCAGGCUGAGGAGGUGAUGGAAAUGAGGGACUGUGUGCGGGUUUAAUCUCAACCUGUGGUCCCUUGAAAGCUGUGAUUUUAUCCCUCCCCUUCCUCCCUCACACCCAAGGCCAAGUUUAAUGCUGUGCAUUCUGAAAUCUUGCAAUGUUGUUGAUGCAAAAUAAAUAUUCUUUCCCAUGUU